AUGGUGAGCAAGGUUGGUGGUAGCCAAACCUUUAGAGUGAAGACACUUGUUGGCAGUCAUAGAUGUGGGAGGGUUAUGUUCAACAAGAAUGCAAAUAAAGAUUGGAUUGCACAGGUAUUGCUGGACAAAUUUUUAGAUAUGGGGAACAUGACUGUAAACCAAAUAAUUGAUGAAGUUAGAAAGAAUUAUAGUGUUGGGGUAACACCUUGGAGAGCUGCCAGAGCAAAGGAGAUUGCAAUGGACUGCAUGGUGGGAGAUGGUCAACGACAGUAUGCUCUGCUUUAUGAUUAUGUGGCUGAGUUAUUAAGAGUAAAGGCUGGAACCUUUAAAAUCAAAAUUAACCAACCCACUCCCACUUUGCAACCAAGAUUUGGAUGUUUUUACAUGUGUUUAGAUGGCUGUAAGCAGGGGUUCUUGGCUGGAUGUAGGCCUUUCAUUGGUGUAGAUGGUUGUCAUUUAAAGACAACCUAUGGUGGACAAUUAUUGGUUGCAGUUGGUAGAGACCCGAAUGAUCAGUACUUUCCAUUAGCCUUUGCAGUGGUGGAAAAUGAAUGCAAAGAAACCUGGAGAUGGUUUCUAUCAUUAUUAUUGGAAGAUAUUGGGGACAUCCAAUCCAAUCGUUGGGUUUUCAUUUCGGAUCAACAGAAGGGAGUAAUGACAGUUUUUGAUGAGAUAUUGGAAGGAGUGGAGCAUAGGUUCUGUUUGAGACACCUUUACAGUAAUUUUAAAAAGAGAUUUGGUGGAGGAGUUGUCAUUCGAGACCUUAUGAUGGGGGCUGCAAAGGCUACCUUCUAUCAAGCUUGGGGAAAAAAAAUGGGUGAGUUGCAGAAAAUUAAUCUUGAUGCUUAUAACUGUUCAAUUCUGAUUGCUAGAGAUAAACCUAUCAUAACUAUGAUGGAGUGGAUUAGAUCAUACAUCAUGGGAAGGCAUGCAGUGGCUGCAAUUCACUACAAGAUAGAAAAUCCUGAGGAUUAUGUUCAUCCCUAUUACAAGAAAAAUGCAUAUCUGGCUUGUUAUGGACCUGAAAUAACCCCCAUAAAUGGACAACAAAUGUGGCCUAAAAGUGAUUUCCAAGAGCUGCUACCACCUAUCUACAAAACACCACCAGGACGACCCAAGAAACUACGUAGGAGGGAAGCAGAUGAACAUAGUAACACACAAAGGAACACACAGAGGAACAUCCCUGCAGCAGCAGCAACUGAAGCUGGAUGUAGCAAUUCUGCACAAGGAAGAAGGCAGAUGCCUCGUAGGAGGGAGAGAUCAUCAUCUUUGGCUGGCACGAGCAGGCAACGAGCAACUACAAUAACAACAAACUCAACUCCACAAGUUAUAAGGUCCCAAGCAAGUAGCGCUGCACCCACUGGACAACCCACGUGA